AUGUUAGUCCCGCUACUUAUUGGAGUUGGAGCUGCAUUUGGGGCUGUCAGCAACUCGUCGGCAGUUAUGGUGAGCAAAGAGGUGCCUCAGAAUGCUGGUGCUGCAAUUUUGGCCCCGUUCGUUUCGUUCUCGAUCGAGUUUUCAUCUUUACCGGAUUUUGCAGAAAAUACAUCCAAGCCGAAUCAGUUUUCCAAUCAGAUACUGGACAACCUUGCCAACCCCCAAGGCGUGAAGCCAGACCGCGCCCUAUAUGACCCAAAUAUCAAGACCCAGAUCAAUGGUACUUUCGUCCCAAGCAUUACUGAGGACUUUCCAUGGAUUAUCUCUAUCGGACCCUCGUAUUUCGAGGCGGAUUCGACCUGGCCGGGGGCCAAGUUCAGCCAUGGGUUCAACCUCGGCGAAAAUACUACAGCUGCAAUGGACAGCCUAACAGCCACUGCUCCUUUGGCCUGCAAAGCUCUCAGUCAUGGGAACUUCGCCCACUGGGAUUUAGGCAAUGAGCCUGAUUUCUACAAGACCAUGCUCGCCGCGAGACCAGCAAACUGGACAGAAAGUGAUUAUGUUGCCGAAUGGUUGUCUAAAUCGCAGAUAGUCAAGCGUCAAAUUGCUAAAGCCUGUCCUGAUAUGGUCACUAACCCGGCGUACAAGUACAUUGCACCGUCAUUUGCAGGAUUCACGUAUGGUCUGGACCCUGUGACGACCUGGGAGGAUGGACUUGGUAAGAACAAGGAUAUUGGCAUGAAUUCAAUGCACAACUACAUGGGUAGCGCGGAUUCGCCGGGAGUCACUCUUGCACACACCCUGAUGAACCACGCUGCGAUUGUUCUUAGUAUGGUAAAACAUACGAAUUUAUCCCAUACCCUGAGCGAGAAGGGUCUGAAUAAAGACAUCCCUUAUAUCCUCGGCGAAAUGAACUCCCUCGCCCACCAAGGCCAGCCGAGAUUGUCAAACUCCUUCGGCGCCGCUCUCUGGGGUGUCGACUUCAACCUCUACUGUGCAUCACAGAGCAUCGGCCGCACCCGCAUGCACCAGGGAACAGACUAUCGCUAUGCGUCGUGA